AUGUCAAAGCGGGACCUCGUCAAAUACGCCAGGGAGCUGGUGAUGGCGGGCGUCGGUGACAUCCCGCCCUGGCUGUAUGCGCUGAUGAGGACGCCGCCGCUGCCGGUCAAGCCGCUGCGCAAGGGGCGGCCGCCGCCCAUCAAGUUCCCAGAGGACAGCCUCAUCGACGCCUACUACCGCAGGCACCCAGAGGCCCGCCUGGAGGCGAUAGACCUGGCCAGCUUCGAGCCGCCCACGGGGCGCCGCUUUGCGUUGCGCCAGCUGGAGCUGAUGUCGGAGGAAGGGGGGGGCCUGAGCAAGAUUGAGGCGUCCAUCCAGGUGGAGAAGGAAUUCUCGUCUCGGCAGGAGGCGGCGGCUGCGGCGACGGGCGUCAGGCAGCAGAGCAUCAUCGAGCAGAUCCAGGCGGAGGAGGAGCGCCACCUGCAGCAGGCACUGCGCCAGUACGCCACCUCACACGGCCCCACCACCGUGCGGCAGCACGCGCAGGAGCUGUGGCAGCAGCAGCACACGCGCAAGCCAGCGGCGGGCGCGCAGCUGGGCAAGCAGCAGCCGAUUGCCAAGCAGGCCUUGGUCAGGCGGCAGGCCAAGGAGCCGUGGAAGCAGCCGAAGCAGGCAAGCAAGGCGGCGGCGACGGGCAACGGGACGGCGGCGCCAGCGGCAGCGGCAACGGCCGGCGCUGCGAGCUAG